CAAUAUUUUAGCAUCAACCUGAUUCAAAAUGAGCAACAUUCAAGGAGCUGGCACCGCCCAUUUUUUGCUUCCCGGCAUGAGGAGAUAGUCGAAUCAUGAUGUUUUUCAGCUACUGUUUCGCUGCUUGUUGCCAUAGAACUAUAUCGAGAACACGCGAAACCUUUCUUCAAGUUUUCUCACCCCCGGCCACACAAUGCAUUCCAAUUGCCUGGAAACUUUGGCAGCAAAGUUUAUCUCAACUUUUGAUAAGGCCAUCUGAGCCUUUUCCUGUCACUAAGAUAUUCGACUCUCAUACCUCAUGGUCAUCACUCAUCAGAGCUUCCAUUCCCAGAGUUUCUUGGACAACAUUUUCCACUUAAAGAACGUUAAAAUUUGAGGAAAUAGGAAAAUCUACUCUAGUGUACAUCUGCUACAAAGCUAGCAAAACCUUUCAAGAAUCCAAGUACAACUGUAUUUCAAGUUUGUUUCUUGGGAGUGGAUCAAAAGUGAAGAGCCCUUGCUCUCCAUCAUAUGCAAUGUCUUUUUCCAGCCAAUUCAGAUUCACAAGUCUCAUGAACUCUAUAUAAUUUCCAUCCAAAAUGAUUGCUCAUAGAGUUCAUAUGAUUCUCUCCCCUAUUAAAAUAUCAUCCACUACAUUAGUCAUAAACAAAAGAUUGCUCAGAUGUCACAAUCACUCUCCAAGUGUCAGAAAAGCCAUUGAAAUCUUGAAUAAAACCUCUAACCAAAGAGAAAGAACCUUAGUUUAAGAUUUUCCGAUUUUGUAUUCUUUAUAUUGUCCAACAAAAAUAAGUGUCAAAAUCUAUGCUUUAUCCAUUUUGCAAACAUACUUUUACUUAUGCUUGCAAGAUUAAAUUGCAUAACGAUUACUCAAAAGCUGACCCUAUUUGUUGCAUUCCAUGAUGUUCACAUUAAGAGUUGGAUCAUGAACAAAAUUCUCUCAUCAUAAGAAAAAAAAUUCUGUGGCUCUUUUUAUCAUAACAUUUAAUAUCAGUGGAUAUCUGCCACAAAUAAAGCUUUUUAGAUCAUUUCUUUAAAUCAUAAUACACCUGAAAUUUCUCCCAGAAUAGAAUAGUGACAGUGGAAAGUAGUAGUAAUCUGUCAAUAUAUUCUCCUAUUCGUUUAGAAGAAUAGAAAAAUGGCAAUUCGCAGAUGAACCAAUUAUUCUAAAUGACACUAAAUGGGCUCAGGCAAAUGGUCCGACACCUACUACCUUCUUCUCUUCACCAUUGCCCACUAAGAUUUUCAACUCCACCGCCACUACCCAACAAAUUUGGACUCUGCCUGACCCGACCCAUCACCGCCCGCCACCCUCACCCGCCACCACUUUCACCGCCGGCUGGGUUGUCUUCCGCCGCCAACAUGAGUACCACCACCUCCACAACAUCGGACUCUAGUGACUUGGGUACUAUCAUCAAUCAAAAGAAGGCCCUCCGGACCAAAGUCAGAAGAGCCCUCAGGUCCAUGGACCCCAACCUAAGAUCUCAAGAAGAUGAAGCUAUACAAAAUUUGGUUCUGCAAGCUCCGUGGUUUAAGUUCUGUGAGAGCUUGUGUGCUUAUAUUAGCUGCAGCGCAUUGAGGGAAGUUGAUACGUCCAAGUUGUUGCAUGAAAUUCUGGAUUUAUCAUCUAAAGAUUACCCACAGAAGAGGAAGACACUUUACGUUCCACGUGUGGAGGACAAGAAUAGUUACAUGCGAAUGCUCAAUAUCACAAACAUUAGUGAUUUGAUUGCAAACUCUAUGAAUAUUCUGGAGCCAGCUCCUACUGACGUGGAUGGAAAUGACCGAGAAGAUGUGCUCUUAUCUGAUCAUCCUGUUGACUUGCUUCUGUUGCCUGGACUUGCAUUUGACAAAUCUGGAAGGCGUUUGGGUCGUGGUGGAGGAUAUUACGACACAUUUUUAACAAGAUAUUUAGAGCGCGCCAAGGAAAAGAAAUGGAAGCGUCCUUUACUUGUCGCUCUGUCUUAUUCAGUUCAGAUAAUGGAUGACGAUAUUGUCCCUGUCACUCCGACGGAUGUUUUCAUCGACGCUAUUGUAUCACCCUCUGGUGUGAUUCCCACCAGCGCAGCUGCCAAAGAGAGGUUUCAACUGUAAGGUCAUGUAGCAUCUGAUGAUUCCUCCUGCUGGUAGGCUUUGUUACUAACACCCUUUUGCAUUUGGAGACUGGCCAUUUUGAAGCAUUUUGUGUUUACCUCCAAGGACGAUAUCACUGUUCUCUUGAAUGGACGGAAUUUGUAUUCCUCGGGAGGGUGUUUUAUAUUUCUGAACCCUGACACUUCUUAAUUAAAAUAAUUGUACGUUAAAACCCAAGAUAAACAUUAAGUUUUGUUGAUAUAGCAAGAUAGUCAAGGUUAUUCAUGGAUCAUCUGUCUAGUGUACUGGUGUGCUCAAAGCAUAGAAUAUGAUAGAAGUGAACCAUUGGAGUAGGCCAUAAAAUCUAUUAAUGUGUGCUACUUUCCUUUGACAUGAUAUUGGGUGUAUGAAUGGUAUAAUGGUAUUUGAUCCAUGGAACACAAUUGCUAUAUACUUUUGGUACGACGAAGUAUCUUCCCAAUUUUUUCUAGUACUUUUUUGAUAGCGAACUGGAAGAUUCACUUCAAGUGCACUAUCAACUUUUGUUUUUGUAUUGAAUUAGUUGCAUUAAUGCUAUCAAACUCAUGUGAAGAA